AUGAGCUCUGGCGCUGACCUGGAGGGGUGGGUGGUCGAAAGCCGCCACAUCGCGAAGAAGAGCUUGAAACGGAGGACGAACAAGCCUGUGCCGCAGUCCAACUCUUUUGAUCUCUUGGCAGAGGUGCCCGAGGACAUAGACGCCUGGAGGUCUGAAAAAGUCGCAACACGAGAAUUGGAUCUCACACAGGGACAUUUCAAGAUCGGAGAUGCAAAGCCCAAAAGUCGCAACCCUUGGAGAUGGAUGUGGGUCGUGGGAGGUAUCGGGCUGGUGGCAAGCAUGGGGCUCAUCGGCGCAGCGCGCAUCGUGGGCUCGAAGAGAGGUCGAAUUUGA